CCAUGAGAAACAGUCACCAUAGCACCGCCCGCUACCAUGACAGCUGCGAACAUCAAAGAUCCUCGCUGCAAGAAAGACGCCGACUGUGAGCCAGGCACGUGUCUGAAAGGCAUCUGCAUUGAUGGCGCCGGCCCCCCUAAUCCCAAGCAUACCGAUUUUAUGUUCAGUAUCGACGACCUGGACAAGAUCGGAAUGGGCCAUCCCUCGCGUCGUGACGGGCGUGCUGCAGGCAGGAAGUGUUCAACUAACAAUGAUUGUGCGAAGGAUAAGAAGCGGCCUUGGUGUGGCACGCAGAGCCGGUGUGUGGCCAAACGGCCCGCGGGGACUGAAUGUCAUAUGGAUGGUAACUGUAAGAAGGGGGAGCGGUGUGUGAAGUCACGAUGUGUGUCUAAGAAGCCGCAUGUUGGUCGUGAUGAGCAGGAGCAUGACGCGGUGGAAAGGCUGGCGCCCAGGGAAGAGGAUGAGAUUGUCAAGGAUCUGGGCGAGGAGUUUGGUGAGGAGGAUGAGGUUUCUGAGCAGGAGCAUGUCAAGGAGAAGAGAAUGUCUCAUGCCACCUCCUAUGAGCUGCCGGGGGAUGCUUAUGAUCAGAGCAAGGAGAUGGGAUGCGAUGAUUCCGAUUCUUUCGAGCUGCUCGGGGAUGCUUAUGAUGGGGGCAAGGUGAAAGGAUGCACCAAUUCCUUUCCCAACGACCUCGAGCAUUAGAGCUUAGGAGGUCUCGUGAGGAGUGAGGCUCUUCUCAUUCGGCCGUCACCUGCCUCGAAGAAAAGUUAUGGAUUGUCUUCAUGUUUGUUUGAUUGACAAGAAUCGUGCGAGAAGGUUCACUCUUUUCCUUUCGCUCUUUGCCGUGAUAUAUUUGUAUUCAUUCUGUCUCGGGGUCUACUUUGACAGUACUACCCUGCCCAGCCCAAAUUCUAUCAUUCAAGUUUGGCUUGUCGAGAAAGCACGGCGGUCAUUUAAAAAUUAUUGAUUCCCCAAUCUAGGAUCUAGGAAUAUUCUUGUAGUCUGUUUCUCCAUGUUCACACAUGACCCUCUUUAGCACUUCUACUGAAUGCUUGUGUAGUUUGUAGAACCCGCCAUUUUGUCUUUCGCUGGGUUUCUGAUCUCCUUUGUCGGCGACUAGAACCCGCUAAACCAUGAAACGGCCCUUUUUGAUAGCACGUUGAGAAUCAUGCUCUACGGCCCCAAUAUACCGAAUGCAAAGCCGAUCAGCGUAGCCGUUGUGGAGACAUCUGCAAAAACGGGGAUUGACUGGCAAACACCGAGAUCCCUGGAGUCUGCAGCGGAAUUAAGAACCGGAGUCCGUUCACCAUGUCCGCCUAGAACUGUCUCUGCAUGCAUGGCGAAUUGAUAGUCAUCAUGGGUCAGACUACUAGGGAACGAACGGCCUUUGGUGCAGAUCCCGGGUAGAU